AUGUCUCAUUCAGAAGACACAUCCUUGGACAGCAACCAAAAAUGCCUAUCCACAGUGAUAGAGGAAGACGACACCAGUCAGGUAGGCGAGGAAGAACCCGUGUCCAGUCCGGAGGACGAUUACUCGCAACAGGUAGCAAUGCAGCCAAGUAGCGGCCCCAGUAGUCAGGCGGUUAGGGUACAGAUAGUGGGCACUCCUGAUGACUCCUACUCUACGCUGUCUGGUACUUAUGCAGAAGCGCAGACAGCCCAACCUAGUAAAGUCCCCUCUAGUCUGAAAGUUAGAACAGAAACAGAGGCCGGCCAGGAAGAAUCGUACUCGACGAUAUCAGGAAUCUAUGAUGACCCAGAAAUUGUAGCGGUUAAGUCAGGUAAUGCCCAGGUUAGUCUGACAGUUAGGACAGAUACAGAGCCCGGUCCAGAAGACCAUUACUCAACCGUGUCAGGAAUCUAUAACGACCCAGAACCAGUGAUACAGCCAGGUAACGCCCCUACCAGUUUAACAAAAGCAGCGGCUAGUCCAGAGGAUUGUUACUCUACGAUAUCGGGUAUCUACGAGGAGGCAGAAACCGUAGAAAAACAGCCGCAUGACGACCAGCCUGGAAGAACAACUGAGCAAGAGCGGAUUCGAUCCCCAGAAGCAUCGUCUGAUCGUGCCGAUCCGCAGUUAGAGAUGCCAGGAAAAUACACUAGCCAUCAGCACAUCACGUUUGCUGUUGGUGGAUCAGGGCAGAAAAUGUUGCGUGGAAUCGCCGUGUCGUCUGGAAACGAAAUAUUCGUGGCCGAUUCGUACAAGAAUAAGGUCCACAUCCACAACAUGGAGGGCGCGUACGUUCACCACUUCUCAACUCUUCUGCCUGGUCAUCCUGAUAGAGAGAUGAUGCCGCAAGAUGUGUCGGUUGACGGGAAGGACAACCUGUGGGUCAUGGGGCGCAUUUCGCUGCUUUGUUAUCGAGUAGUGCAGUACAGCAGGGAUGGCCAAGGACUGUUCAUGUUGGAACCGCAGUGCGGCAUGCGAUUUGGCGGAAUUGCGGUGGACCCUCGCAACAACAACAUUGUCUUGAGGAGGCGAGACCGCAAGUUUGAAAUCUGCAUCUAUCGCCCGGAUGGCUCGUUUGUAUGGAAGUUCGGAGAAGGGCUGUAUGCACAAGCAAGCUUUGUUGCUGUCAACAUAGAUGGAAGCAUUCUUAUGCCCAGUGACAACACGAUACAUGCCUAUAACCAGACCGGGUCGGUUCUCUUUACUUUUGGUGACCAUGGAAGCCAUGGUGGGGGCUUGAGAGGCAUCUGUACGGACAGUUCUGGCCACGUUAUCAUAGCGAACAGGAGAAACAGGCGGGUCACCGUGUUCACAAGCCGCGGGCUGUUUGUUCGCCACGUUGACAUUGGACUGAAAACAGUUGAGCGCGUUGCUGUGGGACCAGAAGGACACUUGGUAAUCACGUAUCAAAAUGAUGACACUAUCACUGUCUUCACAUCAUACUGA